AUGCCUCCCAUCCGCACUGCCCGCAAUCGCAAACCCCCACCAGCGGGCUUCGAUGACAUAGAAGAUACCCUGCUGGAAUUCAGUAAUAAGAUGAAGGAUGCUGAGAAUGCGUCUCACGAGGGAAAGAAGAAGCACGAGGUUCUUUGGCCGAUUUUCCAGAUUAGCCACCAGCGCUCACGAUACAUUUACGACCUCUACUACGAAAAAGAAGCUAUCUCAAAGCAACUCUACGACUGGCUAUUGAAGAACAACUACGCCGACGCAAACCUAAUCGCCAAGUGGAAGAAACAGGGUUACGAGAAGCUCUGCUGUCUCCGCUGCGUCCAAACCAAAGAAACAAACUUCAACUCCACCUGUAUCUGCCGCGUACCAAAGGCCCAGCUGAAAGAAGAACAGACAAUUCAGUGCGUUAGCUGUGGUUGCCAUGGUUGUGCGAGCAGCGAUUAA